ACCGUAAAGCAAUGUGUUACGAGUGACGUGGCUGAAAUGACAGCACGAGUUAUGCGGUUCUCGAUUUGAUAUUACAUACUUUCGAAUUUUAUAAACUGAUAUAAAAUAAAUAUGAAUAUUUAAUAAAAAUAUCACGCAUUUACAGAAUUACAAGAAUUUAAAGAAAUAAAUUCAGUUGUAAAAAAAAAGUAACAACAUGACAACCUAUGAAGAUUUUAUUCAACAAAAUGAGGAUCGCGAUGGGGUUCGUUUUACUUGGAAUGUCUGGCCAUCAUCACGUAUUGAUGCUACUAGGCUUGUUGUUCCCUUAGGAACACUUUAUCAACCUAUUAAAGAACGUCCCGAUUUACCACCUAUUCAAUAUGAUCCAGUUUUGUGUACUAGGUCUACAUGUAGAGCAAUUUUAAAUCCAUUAUGUCAAGUAGAUUAUCGUGCAAAACUAUGGGUCUGCAAUUUAUGUUUUGGAAGAAACCCUUUUCCACCACAAUAUGCAGCUAUUUCAGAACAACAUCAGCCAGCUGAACUAAUUCCUAUGUUUUCAACAAUCGAAUAUACUAUAAUGAGAGCACAAUGUCUCCCUCCUAUCUUUUUACUUGUUGUUGAUACAUGUAUGGAUGAUGAAGAGUUAGGUGCACUUAAGGAUUCACUUCAGAUGUCUUUAUCUUUGCUUCCACCUAAUGCUCUAAUUGGUCUUAUCACUUUUGGAAGGAUGGUUCAAGUGCAUGAGUUAGGUUGUGAAGGAUGUAGCAAAAGUUAUGUAUUCCGUGGUACUAAAGAUUUACAGCCAAAACAGGUUCAAGAUAUGCUUGGUAUUGGUAGACCAAUACCUGGUCAAAAUCCAAAUCAACAGAGAGGUUCUGGUGGACAGCCCUUACCACCGGCUAAUCGAUUUUUACAACCAGUACAUAAAUGUGAUAUGAGCUUAACAGAUUUACUUGGAGAGUUGCAACGUGAUCCUUGGCCAGUUGGACCAGGAAAACGUCCAUUGCGUUCAACUGGUAUGGCAUUAGCUGUUGCUACAGGACUUUUGGAAGCUAGCUAUGCAAAUACUGGAGCUAGAAUUAUGCUCUUUGUUGGUGGACCAUGUUCUCAAGGUCCUGGUCAAGUUGUGACAGAUGAUCUUCGUCAACCCAUUAGAUCACAUCAUGACAUUCAAAAGGAUAAUGCCAAGCAUAUGAAAAAAGCUACUAAACAUUAUGAUGGUCUUGCUUCUCGUGCUGCCACUAAUGGUCAUAUAAUUGAUAUUUAUUCAUGUGCUCUUGAUCAAACUGGAUUAUUAGAAAUGAGACAGUGUUGUAAUUCAACGGGAGGCCACAUGGUAAUGGGAGAUUCAUUUAAUUCAUCCCUUUUCAAACAAACAUUUCAAAGAGUAUUCACAAAGGAUGCUAAAGGUGAUUUAAAAAUGGCAUUUAAUGCUACUUUGGAAGUUAAAACAUCGCGAGAACUUAAAGUUUCCGGUGCUAUUGGACCGUGCGUUUCUUUGGGUAUAAAGGGAUCUAGUGUAGGAGAGCAAGAAGUUGGUUUAGGUGGUACAUGCCAAUGGAAAUUCUGUUCUUUAACACCAUCGACCACAACAGCAAUUUUCUUUGAAGUUGUAAAUCAACAUACUGCGCCAAUUCCACAGGGUGGAAGAGGUUGCAUUCAAUUCAUUACACAAUAUCAACAUAGUAGUGGACAAAGAAGAAUUAGAGUUACAACUAUAGCUAGAAAUUGGGCAGAUUCAUCUACAUCAUUGCAUCAUAUAAGUGCAGGCUUUGAUCAAGAAGCAGCUGCAGUUCUUAUGUCACGUUUAGCUGUCUUUAAAGCUGAAAGUGAUGAUGGUCCUGAUGUUCUAAGAUGGGUAGACAGAAUGCUUAUAAGACUUUGUCAAAAGUUUGGUGAAUAUUCUAAAGAUGAUCCAAAUAGUUUUAGACUCGCAGAGAACUUUUCAUUAUAUCCACAAUUUAUGUAUCAUUUACGUAGAUCCCAAUUUUUACAAGUAUUUAACAAUUCACCAGAUGAAACAAGCUUUUAUAGACACAUGCUAAUGCGAGAAGACUUGACAAAUUCUUUGAUAAUGGUGCAACCCAUUUUAUAUAGUUAUGGAUUUGGUGGUCCACCUGAACCCGUGUUACUUGAUACUUCGUCAAUUCAACCAGAUAGAAUUUUAUUGAUGGACACAUUUUUCCAGAUCCUCAUAUUUCAUGGAGAAACUAUAGCACAAUGGCGACAGUUAAAAUAUCAAGAUUUACCAGAAUAUGAGAAUUUCCGUCAGUUAUUAGCAGCACCAGUUGAUGAUGCUGCUGAAAUACUUAGUGGAAGAUUUCCAGCACCUAGGUAUAUUGAUACAGAACAAGGAGGCUCGCAAGCAAGAUUCUUGUUGAGCAAAGUAAAUCCCAGUCAAACUCAUAACAAUAUGUAUGCCUAUGGAGCGGGGAUGCCGUUACCCAGUGGGGAAAGUGGAGCUCCUGUUUUAACUGAUGAUGUCAGUCUGCAAGUAUUCAUGGAACAUUUAAAGAAGUUGGCUGUUUCUUCUACAGCAUAAAUCUUAUAUGACUAUCUAUCUUAGAAUUAUUAAUUUCUAUACAUGCGCAUUAUACAAUUUCUAACCUCACUAGCAUUAUUAAGAAUCAUUAAUUUUUUAUAUUUGAUGGAAUAUCAAGUAUAUUAAAUAUAUAAAAUAAGUUUUGUAAAUUUGUCAAAAAGAAUUUUGAAACAUGCAAUUUAUUUAAAACUUAAAUGUAUACAACAAUCCAUAUAAUGUAUUUUUUUGUCUUAUGGUUUUAAAGAUCAAUAAUUGUUGUUCAUAUAAAUAUAAGAUUGUAUUAAUAAUA